UCCCUGCGUUUUUCUUAAGUAACUUGGUAAUUUAUGCGUUCAGAGAGAUUCCAUGGUGACUUUAUUUUGAAGUAAAUGUUACUUCACUAAUGCGUUCCUCAAUAAGCACUUGCAUGGCCAUCUCAGAGUUCGGGGAAAGGAAAAACGGAAGAAGAAGAAGAACCUAAUAGGAGUUCAGGUUUAGUGGAAUCAAUGGAGGACCUUCGGAGUAAGUUUUAAGUUUAAGCCUUUUUUGUGUCUUUUGACAUGUCUAAUUCAAAGACAAAUCAAGGAGAGAGUGAUAAAAAGAGAAAUCUUCCUUCUUGGAUGAGUUCAAGAGAGAAUGGGAGUAAAUCUAGUGGAAAGGAGCCAACUAGCUCUCGUAAAAAUGAGGAAAGCCAAGAAAUUAAAGACAAUAGUCCUUCCAAGGGAACCAUCAGUGGCAGAAAAUCUGGGGACCCUGCUUCAAUUUCAAAGAACUUUUCAAAACUUUUGGAAGGAGUAGUAUUUGUGUUGUCAGGGUUUGUUAAUCCAGAGCGUGCAGCCUUGAGGUCUCAAGCUCUGGAAAUGGGAGCAGAGUAUAGACCAGACUGGAGUUCAGAGUGCACACUCUUGGUUUGUGCAUAUUCAAAUACUCCUAAGUUUCGACAAGUUGAGGCAGAUUGUGGAACAAUUGUUAAGAAGGAAUGGAUAUUAGACUGUUAUAGCCAGAAGAAGCUUGUUGAUAUUGAUAAUUACAUGAUGCAUGCUGGGAAACCGUGGCGCAAAAGCAAUUUCACUAUUGAAAGUGGUAGUAAUCAAAAGCUAUCCACACCUAGAAAAUCUGAGAAACAAGUGGAAAGAGGAUCACAUUCAAAGCCAACUGCCUCUGCUUUCCCAAAGAGUAGAGAUUCUAAUCCUGCUAAAGAGCACUUCUCUCGUUUGAAAGUGAAGGAAUGGGCUAUUGAAGAUCUGAAGAGAACCAUCUCAUGGCUGGAGAGUCGGGAGGAAAAGCCUGAGCCAAGUGAAAUAAAAGAAAUAGCUGCUGGAGGGAUCAUAAUUUGUUUACAAGAUGCCAUAGAUGCCCUUGAACAGAAUCAGGGUGUCCAACAAAUAGCCGAACAGUGGAAUGUUAUUCCUCGUGCAGUUGAGGAGCUGAUAAAGCUUGUCGAUGCUUCCUCUCUUUCGAAAGAAGAUCUUUGUCAACAGGCCAAAGCAUGCAAACAAAUGUACGAGGCAGAACUUACUAAAGUUAGUGAUGAUUCUAAGCUGAAGAAUAAAAGGCUGAAGACUGAUGAAAAUGAGAGGGAUGGCAAUAGGAGAUCCAAUGCCAUCUCUGGUGUUGCAGCAGACUAUGACAGUGAUGAAACAAUUGAAAUGACAGAGGAGGAAAUUGACAUUGCUUACAAUAAUGUUGCCUCUAAUAUUUGCAAACUUUAAAUGAUUCUCAUGUAAUUUUUAUUCGCCCCCAAUUCUCACUAUUCCUUUCAAUAGUGUAUUUUUGGGGGAAAUUUUGAUUUGAUUAGAUGCAAAAUUAUUCAUGUUGACCGUUGGAUAA